UCGCCUUUUACUAAAGAUUUCCGUGGAGAGGAACAUUUAUGAGUUUACAAUCAAUUUUUUGAGGCUCUGUUUCGGCAGAGCUGAUUUAUCUAGUUAAAGAAUAGAUUGAAGAAAAUCAAAUAUCCUUUCAUGUUAUGCUCUGUUCGUUUACUGAUUUUGUUGUUGUUAAGGGGUUAUGAUUUAUGGUGACCCUAUAAAUCAGCAGUCUCCAAGAGCAUCUGUCAUGAGCCACCCUGCUCAGAUCUUAUAGUAUCUGGUUCACUGGGUCACUCUUUUUUGGGGGGGGGGUCUGUGUGACGAUUUUCACCAGCAACAAUAGAAGGAAACACUUGUUCAAGCCAGUUUCCUUCAUCAGACUUUGUGGCUCAAGGAAAGCCUAUGAAAGAACAGAGAGAGAAGUCAGCUGAGUGGCUGUACGGUUUGAGAGCAACUCCAGCACAGAUUAACAAGAAGCAACACAUCAGUUACAGAGCGGAUCACUAUGGCUCAGCACUGGUGUGUGGCCAUUGCUUUGCCACUACUCUGGACUCCACUCAUUGCCAGCCCAGAGCUCCUGGAUAGUCCCCAAUGCCCCAUUGGUUGCAGCUGCUCUUUCACAGAAUGGUUUGUUCGGUGCUCCAACGCCAGCUUCUCUUCUCUUCCCAAUGGCCUCCCACAAGCCACGGUGGAACUUGACCUGCAGUUCAACCAGCUUGACAGCCUGCUGGCAGCCUCUUUCCCAGAUUUGCCCGAGCUCACCACUCUUUACCUUGGGAGCAGCCGUGUGCACUGGAUUGAGGCAGGAACCUUUCAGGAUGUGAAGAAUUUGUACCACCUCCACCUGGACAACAAUCUCCUAGAAGAGAUCCCAGAAGGAGCAUUUGAAAAUCUGACCAAUCUAGUCUUCCUGCAUCUGGAGCACAAUCGGAUUGCUUACCUUUCACCAGGUGCAUUUUCCCCUUUGAAGCGACUGAGUGUCCUAGACUUGAGUCACAACCUAUUGACUGAACUUUCAGACCAGGCCCUUGGUGGUCUCCAACAGCUACGCCGACUUGUCCUCAGUGCUAACCUCAUUGCCAACUUGUCAGUCAGAGCUCUCCCAGGCAGCUUGCGCAUCCUCUACCUCGACUGGAACAGGCUGAAAAGUGUGCCACUUGCCGUCUGCACCUCUGCCACACUCUCCAGCCUUCAUCUUAGUGGUAACCCAAUCCGGGAGCUGACACCUCUCUCCUUUGGGAGGAAGCUCAGCUCCCUCAGGCAGCUAUUCUUAGAAAACCUGCACCUGGAGAACAUAACCAGCUCAACGUUUAAACGGCUACGCAGACUUGAGGUUUUGAGCCUAAGGAACAAUAGCUUGGCAUCGCUGUCAUCUCUAUCAUCACUGAGAUACCUCUCAACUUUGUAUCUGACAGGGAACAAAUGGCACUGUGACUGCGACUUAAUCUGGCUUCGUACCUGGCAGAAGAAAGUGGUAAGAAAAGAUCGCAACCCUGUGGAAUGCAGUUCCCCUGAAGCCCUUCAGGGACAACAACUGGCAAAUAUAGAGUUACAGAAAUUGACUUGCCCGCCUUUUCAAACUGAUUCUGUCACCAUCAGCCCUUCUGCAAAUAUGCCCAAGAUAGCUGCUCUAACCACUGAAAUAAGUUCACCACAAGCUGCUACAACCCUUCCUAUAUCUGUUUUCACUACUUUAAUUACUGGUGCGAUGAGCUCUACCAUAGGCCCAACUACUCACAAUAAUCCCACAUUAGGACCAACUAUUGAUGAUAACCAUCAUAUACUAAAGAAAUAUGACCCUUGCCUCUCUGACCAUAUUAGCAGCAUCAGUACAAGGACAAAAGAUAACACUGCCCUGGUGGUUACUUGGUCUUUCUCCGGGGAUCAUGACCAGUUUGAAAUACGAUGUAAAUCUUCUGUGGAACAGCACGUACUGCGAGUUAUUGGAGGAUUAACGGAAAUUGAGCUUCACCAUCUGCAACCAGGGACUGAUUACAGAGUUUGCAUUAUUCCCCAGAACAAGAAUCUCUUGGAGUGUGUGGCUCCUACAGCCCAGCAGUGUACAUCAGGACACACUGGAGCCCAAAUUCUACCCCAAUACAGCAACUUAUUCCUGGGAAUUGGUGUCAGCACCACACUUUUAGCACUGAUGACCCUGACUCUCUUUGCCUUUUAUCGGUGGCGGUUCCGACCGAUUCGGUUCCAGCGCUACUAUGAUGAAGACAGCCCAUUUUUUCAGCAAGGCAUUGUCCAGUCCAAGCUUGCCACAGAGUCAGUCUAUGACAGCUUAGAGGAAGAUGAUCAGCAUGUUUAUAUGACACCUGCCAGCCAAUGGCCUGAAGAGAAUAUAGACUGCACUCCUGUUGCUCUAUCCAGCUUUCCUUUCACACCAACCUAUGCAAGUCCCUGAUAUUUAAAACAGAAUACAGUCCCAAGCCUCUAAUCUGUACUAGUCAUUUGUUAAAAUGACUAGGAGUUAUGAAUGGCAUCACAGCUGUGGAUGAGAAAGUUACUUAUAUGACCACAAUGGAAGGCUGAAAGAGAUGGAAUACAUAUUUUCAAACCUGUCUACUUCUUUGUAAAGAUUUACUCAAAGAAACAAAAUAAUCUGCUGUUCACUUUUACAACCAUACCAGGAAAAUAGUAUUAAUUCACUAAUAGGCAAAAAACCUUGCGGUUUAAGAACGUCCCUAUAGCCGACAGAUACUUCUAUCAAACUUUAAAAAGCAGGGAAAUUGGGCAGCUAUAGUGAAUGCCAAGGGAGCAGGAGACCUGACCUCCUCUCUGAGAUAUUGUAUUGCCCUACAAAUUUGUCAAAAUGCAAACAUAAUUUGGGUUGGUCUUUCACAGUCCAAUCCACUUGCUGUGUAGCUUGGAAGAAUUUGGUAACAUGUAUAGGUACGUUCUUAAACCGCAAGUUUUUUUUCCCUAUUAGUGAAUUUCUCUGCUUUUUAAUCCGGGAGGUAAGAAAUGGGAUCCUGUGCAAGUUUGCCGAGAAUGGAUUGAUUAUUUGCAUGUUUAUUGAGUUCAGUGGGAUUUACUCCCCUGCAAUCAUGCUUAGGAUAGGUGAAACUGACUACAGGGGGCAGGGAGAGGGGGAGGAGAGGAGGCAAAUGAGAUCAAAGAACAAUCAACCAUCAUAGUUGCUGCUAGACCAUCUGGAAUGUACUCUUCCCACAAUUACCAUCUUUAGAAAAACCAAUAUAUAUAUUAAUGAAAUAGUACUUGUAAAGAAGACAGCUGGUAUAGCAGUGGGGAGGAGAGCCUGGCUGGGAGUCUGGGAGUUAAAAAUCCCUGCUUGUGUCUCCUGGGUGUAAAGGGCCAGACAAAGAUCAUCCCCAAAGUGAGUGGCUCAGGGAUUACAUGCCCUGUCACCUGUGCAGCUGUGGGCAAGCUGCAUAGUCGCAAGAAGCCCAGUUACCCCCCAGCUGUCAGUUGCGGAAAAGGAAGGGACUGGCUUGUGCAGCUGUGGCAAGCUGAGCAGGCCCUAGCCAGCUGGGGAGGACUAGCCUCAGAGGGAGGCAAUGGUAAACCUCCUCUGAAUACUGCUUACCAUGAAAACCCUAUUCAUAAGUUGGGAUCGACUCGAAGGCACUCUGUUUCCAUUUUUACUUGUGAAGAAACCCAUACAUACUGUUCAUGACACAAUUGCUCUAUUGGUAAGCAACACUACAUGGACAUAUGUUAUUCAGUUUAUUUUUUAAUGAUGCAAGUUAGGUUUCUGCCAUGUGGGCCAAACAUUCAUCCAGGUAAUGUGUGAUGGAACACAUCCUUGGUGUUCAGAUUUAAGGUCAGAUUAAACAUUAUGUUUAAGAUCUACAAUUAGUCUCCUAGCAUUUUAAUUUUACUGAAAGGCAGCCUUUGGGGACUGUGAUUCAGCUCAUAAUGAUGGGAGGAAAUUGGGUGGUUACCCCUUCCCCACAGGCCAUUUUUAUAAUACAAAUUGCAUCCAUACUUCUUUCAUGCCUGGGUGUGAAAACCAAACAUCCCCCUAUAAGCAGCGAGGAAGAUAUUUCAAUUGCAAAAAAGCAGCCUGUAGGGAGCAAGUGACACGGUUGCUCUCAUCAAAUUUUCAGCUCCCUUCCCCCAGUUAUAUUUCCAUAAAAAAGUAAAUUGGGAGACUAGUCACAGAUCUUCUAUGCAAUAAAUAUGAGGGUUUGGCUCUUUAUCUAAGGCUAGAGGUGAGCAAUAGUUUUUAGGAGCAUUGACAGUAAAACAAGAGGUGUUGUUGCACAUAAUGCACACAUUCCUUUCCUUUGUUCUGCUUUAGUAUCUAUUCCAAACAGGGUUUAUAGGGUUUUAAAGCACUACAAAACUGUUUGACCAAAAAUAACAAUGGCAUGACAAUAGUGGUACUUUUUGGAAACCACCUUGACCAUUUUUUUUUAAAGAUGGAAUAUUACAUUUAUUAAAUAAAAUGA